CCUGUACCCACACACAACAAGAAGACACAAUGAAGCGAGCGGGCUCCGGGCGCAUUGCGCGCAAAAUCGGCGCCUACGAUGAUGACUCAGGCGACAGUGCAAACAGCGCAAACAGCUCGCAGAACGAAGCACCGAAGCCUGUGUCCGUAGUGAAGCGACCAGCAUUGGGCAAGAGCAAGAAGCGCUCGUCGCUGCGCAUAUCCUUUGGGCCCGGGGAAUCAGAUGCGAAUGACGGCGACGAAUCGAGCGAUGCAGUGGUUACUCCAAAGAAGUCGAACCUGAGCCGGAUUGCGCUGGAGAAGAGUGCGCAGUUGCGCGCAAGGCCACCGCUUGUGCAAGGCGCAGCGGCCUCUGAAGAUGAGGGGAGACCCUCGUACAGCAAGGACUACAUCGCGGAGCUGCGGAGCUCUACACCGACCACACCUAAGGAUCUCAAGCCGUCUGCAGAGGAAGAGGAAGAGUCGCGAGCACUCGACAUCGCAUCAAAGUUCGGCCCACUCGCAGCCCUGCCCGCCGAAACAUCCUCCGCCAUUCCCACGGCCGCCGAGAUCGAAGAGAAAAAGGCGCGUCGAAGACGUCUCGCGCAGGAAGAAAAAGCGUACGAAGACGAUGGCGAGCGACCCUGGGCAUCCGACGACGAAGGCGAGGACGACUUCCGCAUGAGGCGCAACGAGAUCUCGCUCCGACCGAAAGACAGAUACCCCGAGACGCGUCUGAUCCACGACGACGAAGACAUAGCAGAAGGCUUUGACGACUUCGUCGAAGACGGCCGAAUAUCACUGGGUCACAAAUCCGAGCGCGAGGCGCAACGCAAACGGCGCGCUGACAUGGCCGAGCUGAUCAACGACGCCGAAGGCUCAGAGUCCGACUCCAACGACUCUGAAGAAGAGCGCAAUACCGCUUUCGCAGCAGCGCAAGCGCGUGCCGGCCGGUACGGGCAGAAGAUCGAAGACGAGGCAGACGGCACCAGAACACCACCUAAAAUCACUCCCUUGCCAGAUCUGAAUGAGGUGUUGGAGGGACUGCAGAUCGAGGCCAGGACGAAGCAGCAGCGUAGGGAUCUGAUUCUGAGCAAACUUCAAGAGCUGAAGGAUGACAAGGUCAGGAUCGAGGAAAGGAAGAAGUACCUCCAGGAGCAGCUGCAGAAGACGGGCGACGAGUAUGAGAAGUUGAGAUUGGAAUCGGGACUGCCUGCGCUGCCGGCGAACGGUGAUGGGAGAUUGAUCACAGAGAGGGGGUUAGACAGUCUGGGAACUACGCCGCUGGCUGGGAGGUCGAGUGAGGACUCAGAUUCUUGA